AUCAUUUCCAAUACAGAAAAGGAAGUGUUAUCGUUGACUUCAAAGUCUUGAUGAGUCAAGUGUUCACAUCUCCACAAGAAAAYCCUCCUGACCUUCAAAGUGAAGUGAAUGCUAUUAUGAUCGACCAAGCAAAUAAAGGGUCGUUUGGAAACCUCACAGUUGGUUCCCUCGUAUUGARAGUUAAACCCCCACCACCGUCAAAUCUGCAGAUAGCUAACAGAAGAACUAAGUCCAUAACUAUCUCAUGGCAGCAUCCUGUUGGUCAGCAGUCAUAUCAAAUUCAACGGUAUAUCCUACGCAUGCGCAAACAAAGCCAACAGGAAUGGAAGACAAUAGMUGUAGGCAGYGWCAWUAYCUCUCAUACAUACYCUGACCUCGAUGUAAACACUAGAUAUGAGUUUCAAAUAUUCUCAAGAAGCCCGAUGGGUGAUGGGAUACCUAGUGCCAUAUUGCUUGGUAGAACKUUGACAGUUGAUCCGAUUAUCGCUAACGACGGCCAGAACUUCACUGUGACAGUAGGUGAGUCGGUUGUGCUGGUAUGUCAAGGGUCAAGCGACCCGAGACCUCAAAAGGUUACUUGGUUGAAGAGAGCGUCAGACAACGAGAUUAGUACCAACAUUACAGGAAAUGGAAAAAUAUUGAACAGCUACAUGACUAUACACAACGUUACAGUUACUGACUCGGGCACAUACCCUUGUACAGCAAGCCACGGAAACCAAAAGAAACAAGGCGCUGUAAACCUCAUCGUGAAAGUUCCCGUCGCGGUAAACUUGAAUGUAACACUCACCAAGGUAAACUUUACUGAGAGUUUGAAGAACAAGUCUUCWCCGCAGUAUAAAAAGCUAGAGGCACGCUUCGUUUCGACGCUUGAAGUAAUCUACCAAAAURUGACUGGUUUUCAGAGGGUAGAAGUUCUAGGAUUUGUGAAUGGUAGYGUUAAAGUCCGAUUCCGCGUGAUAAUAGUAGUAAAAAUAACACAACCAAAUGUUCAAACCAAGCAAAGCAAAGCAAAGGUUGAAGCGACUAAUCUUAUCAUUCAAAAAGUAAAGUCGACUGGUGGUGACCUCGGCAAUGGGCUGACAAUUAAAAAGGACUCAAUACAAACUGAUGCCCCACCAAACCCUCCACGCAACGUUACCGUUGAUGACAUCAAAGAAAUCACAGCUCACCUUAGAUGGAGCAAACCGCAAUAUGCAGAGUACUUUUUCUUUUCUCAUUACACCAUCAAGCUAAAAAAACAUGGUGAAGAAUCAUGGCAAGAAAAGUUAACCAUUAAAUCUAUGCAGUUGGAUUGUCCUUUAGAAGAUCUCCAAGAAGACACGGCCUACUUUGUAAAGGUAUAUGCCAAGAAUCAACAAGCAAAUGGACUUGAUAGCACCGUACAGGAAUUCACAACUAAAGCUUCCAAAACAUCGUUAAUGUGGCUGUGGGUAUUCCUGCCUUUGUGUGUUAUUCUUGUCAUCGCUGGGAUUGUGAUUUGUUAUCGAAAGACAAGAAGAAACGACAAUUAUUAUGAUAAGAAUCCAAACAAACCAACGACACAUGCGCAAAAAGUCAAACUGUACUCCUUUAAAAAUGAGGCUUUUUCCCUUUCCGCUGUUAAUCAUGAUUUGGGGUCCUUUGGAAUGAUGCCCGGCAAGUGGUGGGAAAUUCCGCGGGAAUCUCUUCAACUUCAAGAAAAGUUAGGCUCUGGUGCCUUUGGAAUGGUGCAAAAAGCACAGCUACGUGUUGAAAAUGCCGUCAUGACCUGCGCAGUUAAGAUGCUACAAAAAGUAGCAAGCGAAGAGGAUCAAAGAGAUCUGUAUCAAGAGUUGAACACCAUGGACAGCGUUGGUCGUCAUGACAACCUAGUGAAUCUGAUUGGUGCUUGUACAUGUAACGGUAAAUAUGACAUUUUAUUCUCUUAUUCAAAUGAGCACCUCGAUGAAUUGAGCUGGUAUUAUCUGGCCAAUUGUUGUGUUCAUCGCGAUCUUGCUGCUCGGAAUGUCUUGUUAACUGAAAAUGUACGAGCAAAGAUCGCUGACUUCGGGCUGUCUCGUGACGUCUACGAACGUGGUUUUUAUCAGAAAACGUCUCAGGGUAAGUUGCCUGUGCGAUGGAUGGCUAUCGAGGCAAUACAACAAAUGGUCUUUACCACUCAAAGUGACGUCUGGUCUUAUGGAGUGGUGCUGUGGGAGAUCGAGACCGGAGGUAAGAUGCCUUACGGAGGACUGAAAAUGAAGGAGUUAUUAAACCAUUUGAAAAAAGGCCAGCGUCUGCAGCGUCCAAUCACAUGCAAGGAAGAAAUUUAUGAUGUAAUGCUUCACUGUUGGCACAGCAACCCAAGAAKACGCCCAACAUUUGAUGAACUCUGUAACAAGAUGGAAGCACUUCUUGCAGUUUACGCAUAAAAUUGUUAUGCGACAUUAGUCACAUGACUAUUUCUCUCUCUUUUGGCUAUCUCGACUUCACCUACUUUUUCCCCGAGAACACCUAUAAUAUUAUCGUAAUAAUAGCUUAUGUGUACUCAGCUACCGUCCAAUAACUAGUAUGCUAGCAAUGGUAAACAUCCAUUAAUGUGUUAUAAGACAACAUUUUUAAAUUAAUAUUCAUGAACAUUUUCUAGUAAUAAAGUCAGUCACUAGGUUACCGUUAACUUCCACCUGAGUUAUUGCAUCAAUAGAACAUAUACUUAUUUUGACAUAAUUUUGAUUAGAUAUAAAAUAUGACAUUUGCUUCG